UUUUAAACAGGUUCAAUGUGUGCGCGUUGGUACGCUCCAAGCUGCGGCCGGGGGCGCGCAUUAGCCGCGGCGCGCCUGUGCCCGAGUAGCACUUCCGCCUUUUAUUUGUUGCUUGGAGGAGGCAGAGACAUGACAGCCACACUCCGCCCAUAUCUCAAUGCAGUGCGCGCCACUCUGCAGGCAGCGCUGUGCCUGGAGAACUUUUCCUCUCAGGUGGUGGAGCGGCACAACAAGCCCGAGGUGGAGGUCAGGAGCAGCAAGGAGCUGCUGCUGCAGCCGGUGAUUAUCAGCAGGAAUGAUAAGGAGAAGGUGCUGAUUGAGGGCUCCAUCAACUCUGUGAGAGUCAGCAUCGCUGUCAAGCAGGCCGACGAGAUUGAGAAGAUCCUGUGCCACAAGUUCAUGCGCUUCAUGAUGAUGAGAGCGGAGAAUUUCUUCAUCCUGAGGAGGAAAGCAGUGGAGGGAUAUGAUAUCAGCUUUCUCAUCACCAACUUCCACACGGAGCAGAUGUACAAGCACAAGCUGGUUGACUUCGUCAUCCACUUCAUGGAGGAGAUUGACAAGGAGAUCAGCGAGAUGAAGCUGUCGGUCAACGCCAGGGCCAGAAUCGUGGCCGAGGAGUUCCUCAAGAACAUGGAGGGCGCUCCAGAGGCAGGAGGAAGGAGACGGAGCGAGGAGGAGCAGGAGGAGAAGGAGGAGGGGGGUGUAGACACUGAAGGGAACUGUGACGCUGUGACACACCCUGUUGCCCAGAGAGAGAGGCUGAACCGAGGUGGAAUGAACCAACGCAAGAAAGCAGAGAGGAAAUCCGAGGGCACUGACUGCAAUGGGAAACCCCGCAGGAACAACCCUGAGCGGCUCAAGAACGCCAAGCUGCUGGCAGAGCAAGCCAUCAAGAACAGGAAGCUCUUCUCUGUCCAGGGUCCCUAUCCUGUGGUACGGGCUGCCCUGCGAGCGCGUGGUUGGUUGGAAAAGAAAUUUCCCAAGGUGCAGCCCCAGGGGUCACACCGGGGUUACGAAGGGGAAGAGGAGACGGAGGAGGACGACGGCGAUGACAGUGGCGAUGACGACGAGGAUGGCUGUGAGGAGGAGAAGGAGGGUGACUCUGACGACACCUAUGAUCUGAUGUCUCGUCUGAUUCGCAAUGAGACGCCCUAUUUCUAUUGGACGACGCGGCGCGACGCCAUUGACUGCAGGCUCCUUCGCAAGGAUCAGAUGACCAAUCACUACGCACGGGCCGGGUCCUUCACCACCAAGGUGGGGCUGUGUGUGAACCUGCGGAACUUGGUGUGGUUCGACGAAGCCAAUCCUGACACCUUCUUCCCGCGCUGCUACAGACUGGGGGCCCAGGAUGAGAAGCAGGCCUUCAUUGAGGAUUUCAGGCUCACAGCCUGCAGCAGUCUGCUCAAGUGGGUGUUGGAGACCAGCCAGGGGCCUCCGGGUCCACAAGAGGGUGCCAGCGGGGGACCGGGGGCCAAGAAGGAGGCAUUAGGGGACUCCCCAAACCAGGUGCUGAAGAAGGCAUGCAAGCUGCGGGCGAGAUCGGCGGUGCGUGCGGAGCUCAUCGUCACCGCGCUGCAGGCGUGUCAGGAGUACCUGGACAGCCUGGAACACAAUGACAUCGACAUCUCCAUGGAUACGCCUCCCGCCAUCAGCGAGCAGCAGUGGGAGGAGUUCCUGCACAGCUACUGCCAGGUCAUCCAUGAUGGAGCCAGCGUGAAGGACUUUCACCUUUACACUGACCACUGCGAGCGUGUCCUGGGCAAACUGCGAGAGGUCAACCCACAACUGGACAUCGACGGAGUCCACAACAUCUGGAUCGUGAAGCCCGGAGCCAAGUCCCGCGGCAGAGGCAUCGUGUGCAUGGACCAGCUGGGUGACAUCUUGAAGCUGGUGGACAGCGACCCCACCAUGAUCAAGGACAGCAAGUGGGUGGUGCAGAAGUACCUGGAGCGCCCCCUGCUGGUCUACGGCACCAAGUUCGAUGUGCGGCAGUGGUUCCUCGUCACGGACUGGAACCCGCUCACCAUCUACUUCUAUAAGGAGUGCUACCUGCGCUUCUGCACCCAGCCAUUCUCACUGGACAACCUGGACAGCUCUGUGCACCUGUGCAACAACUCCAUCCAGAAGCACUACGAGCGAUCCCAAAGCCGGAACCCGCGCAUUCCCCAUGACAAUAUGUGGUCCUCGUCGGACUUCCAGGCGUUCCUGCGCAGCCGCGGGCAGGAGUCCCUGUGGGAGGCCAGGGCUGUGCCGGGGAUGAAGCAGGCAGUGAUCCACGCCCUGCAGACCACGCAGGACCUAGUGGAGUCACGGCGAAACAGCUUCGAGCUGUACGGGGCUGACUUCAUGAUGGGGCCCGACCUGCGGGCCUGGCUCAUCGAGAUCAAUGCCAGCCCCACCAUGGCCCCCUCCACCCCCGUCACCGCCCGGCUCUGCGGGGCCGUGCAGGAGGACACGCUCAGGGUGGUGAUCGACAGGAGGGCCGACCGCUACUGCGACAUCGGGGGCUUUGAACUCAUCUACAAACAGGUACCAGUGGAGGUACCCCAAUACGUGGGGAUGAACCUGCUGGUGGAGGGCGCCCCAAUAAAGAGACCGCGCCCCCCUCUGCAAAGGAACAGCACCUCAUUCACUGCACCUCCACCGCGACAGGACCAAUCGGGGCGCAAAGAGCCCCCCAAAACAGCACAGCCACCCCCUGUGAAACCCCAGGACCCCCCGUGGCAGACCCCCACCCCUGCCCACGGAUCCAAGCCCAUCCGUAGGACGCACAUCUCCGUGAGUGGCAAAGAAAACAACCCCAAAGGACCGCCCAGGGCUGAGGAGCCAGCCCCGCCCAAACCCCGCCUUCACAUCACAGCCACGCCCCCUAAGAGCUCCCUGACAGCCCUGCAGACCCCCAAGCCCCUCCUUCACAUCACAGCCACGCCCCCUAAGAGCUCCCUGAGAGAUCCGCGGGCCCCCAAGCCCCCCAGAGGUUCCGGAGCAGCCCGACAGGUUGGUCUGAAGUUCACCAGCUUCGACACCCUGGAGUUCAAGUCAGUGAAGCAGCCUCGCGUCGUGGCCUCUGUGGAUUGUGGCUCGUGGCAGAGCCCCCUCUGCCGGCCCACCCGCCAGCACUUCAUGCAGACCAGAGUCUGUCUGCCCUCCCUCCGACCCACCUUCCCUUCCCUGGAGAUCAUCAGCCUGCAGCAUUCCCUGAACCCGGCGCCCAGCCCUCGCUACCACAGAGCCGGGCCUCGCACUCACAGGGGGCCCUACAACCUGGAGCUAUCGGCCCUCGUGAAGCAGCUCGCUGCGGGGGGCCGGCAAUAACCCUGCGUGAUAAAGAAGCUAUAUGGGUUUUAGAAAAAUGUAAAAACACCGGGAGCUGUUUUUUUUUUUAUUGUUUUAACUAAAUAAUCGAUGGUGAAUCAAAAUCAAAAUGGAUUGACAUGUUUUUUUCCCUAUUUCAAAAAAUGAUUGCAUGAUUGAAAUGAUUGCAUGACUGAAGUGAUUGCAUGAUUGAAAUGAGCCAUAAUCAUGUUUGCACUCAUCCAGUAAGAGGUAGAUUUAGUAUCGGUGGAACAGCAAAGAGAAAAGCAGGUUGUGUUCAUUGCAAUAUAGGGGGAUUCUGUUAUCCAGUUAUUGUAUGAAGCGGUUUUAUAUUCAUUUAUAAUCUUCAUCACCGCACUGGAGUGCAGUAAACCCAGGAUUUCAUUCACUUGAUCUGGAGCGACCCUUACAUUAAACUUUUACAUUAUCCAUGUGUGACGGGGCAGAUGCUGGGCGCGAACCGGCACCCCGCACCCUGCUGGCGGGGAUCUGAGCCGCUGUGCAAAAGAGCCGGGCUAGUCUGCAGUCACGGUUUUAGAGCUUUUAACAUUCA